AUGGUGAGUCCCUCCGGUGGCUCGCCGACAUACGCCAGGGAUAAUAAGAACAGGUAUAUGUCCUCCCUUCUCGCAUGGGUUCGGGGUCCUAAGGCGAUUAUCGGAGGCCGCAACUUCCCCGGCUUCUAUGUCUGGGACCUUGACGCAGAUGCUGAUGCUUUGGAGGGGUUGCCCAGUUCCUGUCGAACAGCGCUGGCGGAGGUAAUCCAAUGUGACCGCUAUGUUCAGACCUUCCUAAGACAAGCCUAUCGGCAGUCAUUGCACAACGACACCCUCACCGCGUCAGUCUGCGACUCUACCCGUGCACAAUCUUUGAAAGGCUGGUUUGACAAUGUCGCCAGCAUUUGUUCGGGACACAACGUCAGUAGCUCCGCCUCAACCAAAUUCGGUGGGCAAAUAUGGGCAGGUUGGAACGAGACCUGUCUCCAGGACCCGGUCACAAAACAGUAUUGCAAUGACGUGAUCGCCGAAUUUGACACCGUGAGCACCAAAGCUCUGCCACACGACCAGCUCUGCUCCUUUUGUUUUGUGGAAAGACUCAAAAUGAUGCAAAGGUCUCCAUAUUUAGUGUAUGACAAAUACUUUCAGGCAGAUUUACAAGUUGUACAUGAGAAAUGCGGUUUGAAUGGCCCUACUGAUAUGCCACCAUCGCUUGAUGCUGUUCCCGAACUAGACCCCAAUCCGAUUUGCGUGUCAGGCAACACAUACACGACCACAUCCGCAGGUGAGACGUGUGAUUCCAUUGCGCUAAAGUUCAAUGUCUCGUCGGCGGCCUUGUUCAUGGCCAACCCAGCGGUCUCCGUGGUGUGCGGCAACAUCGCAGCGAAACUGGCGCUCUGCCUUCCCCUUCCCUGUGAGACCACUUAUGUCCUCAAGGCCAACGGCACAUGCACCUCGAUCGAACUAGCAAAUAACUACCGACUUGGGGAUGUAAGGCGCUAUAAUUCGUGGGUGUCGUGGGACUGCAGCAACCUUCACAAAACUAUUGAACUUUAUGGCAGCGUCUUGUACCUGGGUCCCCAGGGAGGGACAUAUCCAAGCACCGCCCCCAACCCAGGGAUAACAGUGAGCCCUGUUGGGAGUACAGGAUAUCUGCAACCAAUCGUGCCGCCACCGUCCAACGUUACCGUCGCCAAUGGCACGACGCUGCGGUGUGGCAGGUGGCAUGUUGCUGUGGAUGUGAUUCAUGCCCAUCCAUCUGCAUACAGGAAUCCAUAA